UUUCUGAAUUGUUGCGGUUUUGGUGGUUGUAUUUUAAUAUUUAUACAGUAUCUCUAAAAUGUCACUUUCAACUGGGUCCGGCCCUCGGGCCUGUUGGACCGAGGAAGAGAUCAGCGAUUUAAUAGAGAUUUGGGCAGAACCCGAAGUCAGAAUGCAAGUUGAGGAUAAAAAGUCCAAGAAUAAAACGAAAAUUCAUGAGAAGAUCGCUGCGAGAUUUUCGUCUAUGCCUGGCCACUCGCCGACGACGGCACGACAAAUUCAGACGAAGUUACAGGAUUUGAGGAAAAGGUUCAAACAGUGUUUCUUGGAAGAGGUUAACAAAUCAGGAUCUUGGGCACCAAACUGGCCAUUUUACCACAGGGUUGGAAACAUUAUCGGCGAUCGUCCAAAUGUCAGGCCUCCACCUGGGACCGUUGGGGAAUCGUCGAUGCCACCUCCACCUAGGCCUGGGAUCAGAAACCGCAGGCCUAGCUCGCAGUCAUCGACAGCAUCAGAUGAUACACCUCCACGGAGAUUGUCGGACUCUUCUGUGGACACACUGUCUACUUCCAGUGGCGGUCAUCAUGGUAAGACUCGAGAAACUUUGCAAUUUACUGGAGGCUGUAUUAGGCAGAAACAAAAAGAAAUUUCACUUGUAUUACUGGAGGCUACUAGGCAGAAACAAAGAAAAUGCUUCCUAUGCUCAAUUCAAAAAAUGUACAUUG